ACGAAGACCCUGUUCAUUCACUGACUACAAGCCCGCAGCACCCGGCUUUCAUUUCCCCAUCAGACCCAAUAUCAUUGCCUGGGUACACAGAUGAACUUGUAGCCAACAACAACCACCUCAAGUUACCCAUCCCAGAGGUUAAUGAGGAGAAAUGCUGGGGAACAGAGAAGACUGAGCAGAGCCCACCAGGACAGACAGCGAACAACAGGACACGGUCAAAUUCAACCAGUGUUCAGCCAUAUUGGAUCGGGGAUUUGGACAGCAUCAUCAUGAAGACCCCUGAGCUGUACAGCAGUCAUCCUCAUGGGAGUAGUGGAUUAUAUGGAAACAGAAAGUCUCUGUCCCAGCAGCUGGAGUUUCCUCACACCACCAAACAGUCUGUGCACCGUCCCUCUCGCUCUCUCAGCUCUGCCCAGCUGGUACACUCCUGCAGCAACGUGCAGCAGGCCUUCAUUAUCUGUAAUAUAGUGCUGAUGAAGGGCCACGGCAAGGGUCUGGGAUUCAGUAUUGUGGGCGGGAGGGACAGCAUGUAUGGACCGAUGGGAAUCUAUGUGAAAACCAUUUUUCGUGGAGGAGCAGCUGCUGCAGAUGGAAGGCUGCAGGAGGGUGAUGAGAUCCUGGAGCUGAACGGAGAGUCUCUGCAUGGUUUGACUCAUGAUGAAGCCCUGCACAAGUUCAAACAAAUCAAAAAGGGUAUGCUGACUCUCGUGGUGAGGACCAGCUUACGUGUCGGGGCCCUGUGUGGUCAAGUGCAGGUGGCUCAGCUGUGCAGGUCGCGCUCCCUCAGCUCCACCACUGGCAUGGCCAGGGCCAGUGCUGACAUGGGAGACUACAACUACCUCAACAACACCUGCAGCAACACACUGAGCGUCCCGGGUCAGCCUGCUAAACCCAGAGACCGCAUCAUGAUGGAGAUCAUCCUGCACAAAGAGGCUGGUGUUGGUCUGGGUAUUGGACUGUGCUGUGUUCCAUCUGGUGACGGAUGUCCAGGGAUAUACAUCCACACCCUCUCUCCUGGAUCUGUGGCACACAUGGAUGGUCGACUGCGGUGUGGAGAUGAGAUCAUGGAGAUCAACGACACUGUGGUUUACAACAUGGCGCUGAAUGACGUCUACACAGUCCUGAGCCAAUGCACACCAGGUCCAGUCCACAUCAUCAUCAGUCGCCACCCGGACCCUAAAGUGUCAGAGCAGCAACUGAAUGAUGCCAUCACUCUAGCAGUGGAAAGCAGCAAACUGAGGAAGGAAAAGAGCCAGUGGAGUAUUGAUGGGCUGCGCAGACUGGAGUCUUGCUCUCACAGUCGGCAGAGGUGUGAGCAUUGUCUAGAGAGGAGUUUCAGUCAGCUGACGGUUCGACGAGCACAGAAGACCAUGACCCGCUCCUGUAGCGAUAACACCAACAGCCACCACUACAACCGUUGCCUCAACAUGCACAACCUUCACAACAUGCACCAUAACCCAUCAACACGUGUCCACAGCCUGGACACACCAAAGUCUGUGACAGACACGUGGUCGGACAACAGACUGUCAGUGCCCAUGUAUCCAGAUGAGGACUAUAAUAUCCCAUACAACUCUCCUGCUGCCAAUAUCUCCAGUCAGCAGGCCCUGGAUCUGGCCUUCAGGGGCAGCAAGUCUAACUGCAGGAUGCGUGCUGUUCCACGUCGGUACUGUUGGCCUCAGGAUGUGACCAGUGAGGAGGGCUACAAUGGAGACUCCAGUGGUUCUAGUCGAGGAUCCCCAGUUAGAGACGAAGGACUGGAUUAUUCAUCACACACCAGCUGCCAGGAAGGAGAACGAAUAAGAGAACAGUCAGAGGGGAGCAAAGACGAUUUCAGUCAUCGUGACACUGCUGCCUGCACCGACGACAGACUACACAUAGAGGAUUCAUCAGCGGUGCUCUGCUCACAGCCAAAGAGAGGAGCUCUAAGGAGGCAGGCUCGUAUUGAACAACGCUCCCAAGAGCAGCUUCAGGAUCCUUGGAUUCGCCUUUCAGACACAUCCCCUGAAAAACUGGCUGAGACCCACUGCCAAAGCGCUGCAGACAGCACACGGCCUGUUGACCUCAAGUUUGCCACUAUGAGUGAUGAAGAGAGCCCCGCCAAGCUCAAUGGUACAGUCACAGAUGUCACUUCAGAUCAUCAGUCCAACAUGACUCCUGAUAACAUGAAGAGUGAAACUCCAGGAUCAAAGAAGGGGCCCCCUGUGGCACCCAAGCCCACCUGGUUUCGCCAGAGUCUGAGGAAAAUACGAGAUGAGAAGGACCAUAAGAAGCAAGUUAAACCCGCAGAGCCGAGGCAUGCUGUGGGUUCCAGCAGAAGCUUUGCAAUCAGAGCUGCUUCAUCUGCAGCCAACCUGUCAAUCAAACAAAAGAUCCACUCAUUUGAGACUUUUUCAAGUCCAGAGAGUCCAGCGAAGGGGGGGCAUAGGAAAUCUGUGGCCCCUUCCAGCUCCCUUCCUCUGAUGGAGAAGGAGGCCAGGAGUGACCAAUCCUCACAUGAAGACUGUGGGAACAGCAAACAUGGAAUCACCAAAGAGAUCCAGUCAAACCAAACUGCAUUUAUUCAGGAGACAGACAACACUGUCUCCACAACACCCUCUGAUAUCACCCCCUCCUCUCCUCAACCUUGUCUUCAAACAACAGAAAUGCCCUGUGAAGAUGAACCUCCCUCCGUCCAGACAGAGACAGAUCUCCCACUCACUGACCCCAUCAGCGCUGAUCUGGACUCUGGGAUAAAUGAUUCUCACUCCCCUCCAGCUCAUGAUGACAGCAAUGUCUCACCAUCCAAACUGUUGCCCCCGAUGACAUCUAUUAGAUCCAAUCAAGAAGAUGGGGAAAGUCCUCCAGAGGGUGCAGAGGGGGCUGCAGCACAGAGCCAAGAAAAGCUGCUGAGCACAAGUCUGAGUGCUGGUCUCCCUACAGACAGUAGCUCCCUGAGAGGCCUGGAGGGAGAGAGUUUAGGGAAAAUUCUCGCCUUCAGUAACCAGGUUUCACAAGCUUUGAUGCGUUCUCUUCACUCUGGCUCUAGUGACCCUCGCUCCCCAAACCUGCAGGACCCCUCAUCAGUGGAUUUAAGGAACCCUGGGGAGUGUGAUUCCGCUCCUGCUGUGGACAGCAGCGACAGAGGAUUCUCUGUCAGCUUGGCCAAACUGAGGGAGUGCACCAUUGAACGAGAGGAGGGGGGAUCUCAUGAUGGUGCAGAAGUCACUUCUGCUUGUGUUCAGACGGUCAUCUCAGCCAUCUCUUCCCAGGACAUACAGAGAAUGUUCCAGGAGGUCACAACUCUGGAUGAAGAGGCGCUGAAGCAACUGGUGGACAUCCAUGUCGUGAUUCUGCAUAAAGAGGAGGGAGCAGGUCUGGGAUUCAGCAUCGCUGGAGGCUCUGACCUAGAGAGCAAAGCUCUUACAGUACACAAAGUGUUUCCCAGUGGCCUGGCGGCUCAGGAGGGCACCAUUGAGAAAGGAGAUGAGGUGUUGUCUAUAAAUGGACAAACACUGCAGGGCGUCACACAUGCCGAUGCCACCGCUGCUCUGCGUCAGGCCCGAAAUCUGUCGCUGGCUGUGGUGGUCAUCUGCAAGAAAGCAGAGGAGGGAGGCAGAGAGGGGGGAGGCUGCAAGAGUGAAGAGCCUAACGCUUCAGAGGAGGAGCAGGCAGCUCCGGUGAGGGUGGAGCUGGAGAAAGGAGCUGGAGGAGCUGGUUUUACUCUGGAGGGAGGAAAAGGCUCGAUCCAUGGAGACAAACCUUUAGUCAUCAACAGGAUCUUCACAGGUGGAGCUGCGGAGCAGAGUGGUCUGCAGUGUGGAGAUGAGCUGCUACAGGUGCAGGGAGUCAGUCUGCAGGACAUGGCAAGGUUUGAGGCCUGGAACAUGAUCAAGGCUUUACCCGAGGGACCAAUCACAUUGGUCAUCAGGAGACGAGAGCAACAAGGACCGACAGAAUGAGACACACUGUGGCUGCCGCUCGCAAAGGAAAAAGAAGAGAACUUGGGACAAACCAAUGUUGGCCUUCGAACAAACUCCUAAAAAUCAGGUGUGGUCCAACUUCAACAUGUUGGUUCACAAUUUAUUUCAGUUUUUCACAUUUUGGCAAGAUAAGUGUAUUAAGAAUUGUUUUAACCUUCAGUAGAAAAAAUUAUUCAGUGAUAGUUUAGAGCCUGGCCAGUGUCAUGCUCGUAAGUUAAUAAAUGAUGUGCAAAUUAAAAUGAUUUAUUGUGGUGCUUAAAUCACUGAAUGAAACCACAAGCUAAGGCAUUGUGUUUCUCAAAUCUGACACAAGACUCCAUGAAAUGGUGAAUGUGUAACUACUUGAUUGCACUCUGUGCUGGUCAGUAGUAUUACUGAAAAAAACAUCCAAUGUCACAUCACAACUGCACAACAACAGCACUGUCAGGACUAAGGAAACAAAUGUGAUGAUAACACACAAUAUCAAUAUGAAGGAAUCCCUUUACAGAUCCCAAACACAGCUGGUAGCCUGCAGUCAUGACUCCGGAUGCUCCUCAGUAACAACACUCAAGUGAACAUAACAAACAUCAACUUCAGUUCCACUGCUGCAGCAACGUGACACUGUGUAAUUGAAAGAUUUGAUUAUAUAUGAGCCUGGAUUUAGUGCAGCUUUCAGACAGAGUUCCCCUGUUGACAUGUUUGAUGCUAUUAAUGCUAUGUUCUGCAUCAUGUGAACAAGUGAAGUCAUUCCAGAGCAUAAUA